AUGACUUCGUCUUCUGGUUCGGAUUCAUCAGAUGAGGAGACAAAACCGAAAGUGGCGUCCUCGGACUCGGAUUCGGAUGAAGAGAUAAAACCGAAAAAGAAGAGCAGCGAUUCGAGCUCUAAAUCGAACGAAGAGAAGCCACAGUAAGCGUGCAAUCUAGUAAAUUGGACGGAAAAUUUGUUUUCAGACCAACUCAGACGAAGAAGAAGGCUUUGACGAAGAGAAAGAGGAAGGCGUCCGGAAGCAGUGAUGACGAUCAGGUCGACGCCUCGCUCUUCGUGGACAAAGAGGAUAAGGCAAGAUGGAAGCAGCUCACCGAGCUCGAAAAAGAGCAGGAGAUCUUCGAGAGGAUGGAAGCUCGCGAGAGUGCACUCGCUCGGGAAGAGAUCGCGCAACAGCUCGCCAAGAAGGCCAAUAAGGAGAAGGUUCCGAAGAAAGAGAAACGACGAAAAGUUGCCGGCGGCGGAACUUCUCCCAAACCCGGAUCCGACUCGGACUCCGAGAUGAACGCUGAAUUCCACAGACCGAGUGAUGUACGUUUUUUUAAAUGGUUUCUACAAUGCAUUUUAUUUUUUCCAGAUAAACCGUAAGCAUAAGGAGAAGAACGCGAUGGACGCUCUUAAAAGCAAACGCAAGGAGAUUGAGAAGAGAAACGCGAAAAACGCGGCGCUAUCAAUCGACGCCGUCUUCGGAGCGGCCAAUAGCGGAUCUUCAAGCUCGUCGAGCUCUAGCGCCAGUUCCCGAUCCUCGUCGAGCUCCCGUGAUUCCUCACCGGAACGUGCCACCGAGCAGGAGAAAGCAACCAAGAAAGAGGUAGACAGUCUUGGCGAACUCCGCAAGGCUCGGCUCUCGCGCCACAAACUCUCGCUGAUGGUCCACGCGCCGUUCUUCAACGCGACCGUCAUCGGAUGCUACGUGCGUCUCGGGCAGGGAAUGAUCAGCGGAUCGGAGAGCAAGUACAAGAUAUGGAAGAUCAUCGAAGUCGAAGAGACGAACAAAGUAUACGAGCUGGAGGGAAAGCGCACGAACAAGAGCAUUAAAUGCCAGCAUGGUCGCUCGGAACGAGUGUUCCGUAUGCAGUUCGUCUCGAAUUCGGAAUUCGAACAAGUCGAGUUUGAGGAAUGGUUAAUCGCCUCCAAGACCAACGGCAACGUGCCGACUGCCGAUUUGAUGGAGAAAAAGCGGCUGGACAUUGAGAAGGCGGUGAAUCACAAGUACUCGGACCGGGAAGUCGAUGCGAUGCUCAAGGAGAAGAGCAAGUUCCAGAAGGUUCCGAGGAACUUUGCGAUGACGAAAGCGUCACUUUCGAAGCAGAAAGAGAUUGCGCAGCAGACGGGAGACAUUCGGGAAGCCGAACGAAUCCAGAAGGAGAUCGACGAGAUCGAGCGACAUGCCGACGACCUGGACAAGCAGAGAACCCAGUCGAUUAGCAGCAUUGCGUUCAUCAAUCAUCGCAACAGGAACAAGAUCAAGGAUCAAGUGCUCAGUGGUGCGCUGAAAAUUGAGGAGAAUUCGCAGGACGAUCCGUUCACACGUAAAAAGGGUGGAAUGCGAAUUGUGUCGGGAUCAAAGUCCAAACUCGACGGAUCGAUUUCCGCCUCUUCCUCUUCUACCAAUCGUAAUUUUAUAUUUCAUUGAUCAGAGUCAUAACUCCUUUUUCUACAGUUGCCGACGCCCGACACCAUGAUUCGGUGGCGAGACCAACUCAACCCCCUUCGUCCUUGGCGAAAGGCAAUAAAAAGUCGGCGGAUCUGGCGAGUCUGCACAACUUCGAACUGGACAUCGACCUGACGAAGCUGAACGACUUCACCAUCCCGGAUUCGAUGGCUAGCAAGCGUCCAACUUUGCCAGCCGCUACAAAGUAAGCAGGAAGAGAAGCCGAUAAUAAAUAACAAUCGUUUUUUGCAGAGGACUUUCGCUCUCGGAGUACCGAAUGCGUCGCACCGGCGGAAGUGACGUCGGAGCCGCAGGAGCCGGGCCGUCGACGUCUUCCUCCUCGUCGGGCGUUUAA